CCACAAUUUAACAUUUAUUCCACAAUUUAACAUUUAUUUGUAAUUAAUUAACAUUUAUAAUUGUUUAAGGUAUUUGACGGAGUUUUGGAUUUUUUGUAAAUUUGUUAAAAUCUGUUGAAAAUGGACGAGAGAACGUUUGUGAUGGUGAAGCCGGACGGUGUUCACAGGAACUUGGUAGGUGAGGUUUUAAAGCGUUUUGAGCUCAAGGGUUUGAAGUUAGUAGCCGCCAAGUUCAUGAUGCCAUCACGGGAAUUAGUAGAAAAACACUACUCAGCACAUGAAGGGAAACCGUUCUUCGAAGAACUGGUGAAUUUUGUAACACAAGGACCCGUCUUCUGCACAGCCUGGGAAGGACCAAACGCAGUCAAAGUCGGCCGAACUCUUCUAGGGGUAACGAAUCCUGUGGAAAGUUUGCCGGGUACGUUGAGGGGUGAUUUCGGGUUAACGUUGAGUAAGAAUUUGGUGCAUGCGAGUAGUAGUUUGGAGGACUCUGUGACCGAGUGUAAUCUCUGGUUUAAACCUGACGAGUUUGUAUCCUGGACUCCAAACACACACAAAUGGGUUCUCUAACCCAACUAAUCUAAUACUUAACACU